ACUUCCGGUGCCUUCCGCGUCGCAGGGCAUUCUGGGACUGGUAGUCCCGGAAGUACCGGGUCUGCCGCCAUGUGUGCGGCUGUGACUCGGGGCGGUGGGAGGGCGGCUCGGCGGCUUGGAGUUGCGACCGCAGGGAGCCAGGUCCCCAGUGCAGCCCCGAGGUACAGCAGGAGGACGAGGAGGGUCCCCAUUGCCUACGAAGCCGAACCCAGGCCUGAAUCCCCCGGCCCCAAAUGGGAGCCAGAGAACUGGCGGCAGCAGCUGGAGCGCAUCCGGGAGAUGAGGAGGCACCGAGAUGCUCCUGUGGAUGAGAUGGGAGUGGAUAAAUGCUAUGACACCAGCGCACCACCGCAGGUUAUGCGCUACCAAGUUCUGCUGUCACUGAUGCUCUCCAGCCAGACCAAGGACCAAGUGACGUCAGCUGCCAUGCUGCGCCUGAGGCAGCGUGGCCUCACAGUUGACAGCAUUUUGCAGAUGGAUGACGCGACACUCGGGCAAAUCAUUUAUCCUGUAGGAUUCUGGAGGAACAAGGUGAAGUACAUAAAGCAGACGACAGCCAUCCUGAAGCAGAAAUACGGUGGUGACAUACCAAGCACUGUGGAGGAGCUAGUGAAGCUGCCAGGAGUUGGGCCCAAAAUGGCCCAUUUGGCCAUGAACAUUGCCUGGAACAGCGUGUCUGGGAUAGCUGUGGACACCCACGUGCACAGGAUCACAAACAGGCUGAAGUGGGUGAAGAAGGAGACCAGAUACCCUGAGGAAACUCGGGUAGCACUGGAGGACUGGCUGCCCAGGGAUCUCUGGAGGGAGAUAAACUGGCUUUUGGUGGGCUUUGGCCAGCAGACCUGCCUGCCUGUGAAUCCUCGCUGCAAGGAAUGCCUCAAUCAAGACAUUUGCCCAGCUGCUAAGAGAUGCUGAGAGACCACUCUGGCUUCGUAGAGCAACAGAGCCGCUUCAGCCCAGAGCCAAGUGGUAGGAAUGUUGUGCUUUGCAGAGGGCUGACUGUGUGACUGAGGGGAAACAGGAGACUGCUGCAGCCAGCUCAGCAUCUCUGGGGAGGGGAAGCUGCUGUCAGUGGCUGAGCUCUCAAGAGGAAAAAGGGUCUUUCAAAGCACAGUAGUCCUGCUGCGUCAGUGCUGCCAGCUCCAGCCCCCGUGUGAAUGCUUGAGUGUGCCCCAGCAGAGCAGCAGGCUGUGCAGUGUCAGGAACAGCUGGAGAGAUGCAAGACCUGCUGUUGCUUGUAAAUACGUGUUGAAUAAAGGUGGUGGGUUUUUUCUA